CUGUAGCUCCCUAAUCGCCCGCUAAUACACAACACGAAAAAACAAAUACAAUUCGGCAGCGCAUGGUGUGUUUGUGAAUCAUUGCACUUUUAACGGAAUAAAGUAUUAAAAGAAAAAAAACAGUGCUCUACGUAUUUCGUCACUUUGUGGUACGGGUCAGUUGUAAUAUACCCCCGCCUCGCCCCCCACGCAACAAACUGACAAUGAACCAAAACCAACCACAGUUGCCUAAGGGAAUUUGUGUCCUGGAAACACAAGUGGCGGGCCAUUUGUUCACCAACAACACAGCUGCCUUGGGCAUGCUUAAGGACGAGACAAUCGGCUGUGUAUUGAAACCGUUUGGCAAACCCGAGUGUGGGGCAAGGGAGUUGAGUUUCUACGAAAGUCUACAAAAUACCAAUGACCCUCAACUAAAGAAGUUGCAAAAUUUUAUACCCAAAUUUUACAAGAAAAUAAGACUGGAGGUCAACGGUAAGGAUCAUACAUUUUUCCAAUUGGAGGAUUUGACGCAUGGCAUGCAACAGCCAUGUAUUAUGGACAUAAAGGUUGGCAAAAGGACAUGGGAUCCACUGGCCUCACCGCACAAAUGCAAGGUGGAGGAGGAGAAGUAUGCCCGUUGUAAACAAGUUUUGGGCAUUUGUCUACCAGGUUUCCAAGUCUAUACAGAAAAUGGCUACAAAAAGUUCGACAGAGAUUAUGGUAAGAAACUAGAUGCCGAGGGUUUGGGCGAAGCUCUGCGUCUAUUCCUAAAUGCCCAAGAGAUGCUCUGUGAAGCCUUGAUUGAAGAAUUGCUGCGCCAGCUGUAUGACAUACGUGCCUGGUUCCGGGAACAAAAACACUUCCAUUUCUAUGCCAGCUCUCUACUAAUAGCCUAUGACUAUGUGGCUUUACAAAAAAGACUGCAAAAUGAAAAGUGCACAGCAUGCCAAAAAUCAAAACAACAACAACAACACUACAUACCAAAUGGCAAUGGCUUGCACAUUUGUGAAGUUGUAGAUAAUUUGGAUGAUGUCGAUAGCUGUUACCCCACCUCACCAACCCACAAAGCAAUUCCAUCAUUUGAAAAUGAAAGCCUCAACACAUGCAGGUGUCUUGAGCGUUACGUUAAGGUUAAAAUGAUUGAUUUCGCACAUGUAUUUCCGUCUGCAAAUAAUUCAUUGGAUAUGAAUUAUCUAUUCGGUUUGGAGAGUCUGAUUGCAAUACUAGAGGCUAUGUUAAAGUGAUAAUACAAAAACAACAGCCAUGAGCAGAAAAAUAAAAACGUGCAUAACACAAAUACUUUUAGAUUUGUCUAAGCCAAACAAAAAAAGAA